AUGACAUUAAAGAUUUAUGUUAGCAUUCUUGUGUUAUCUUCUCUUCUUUUAAAUAUCUAUUUUGCAGCAGAAGCUCAAACAGAAAAAAAAAAAAAAAAUGAUGUAAAAGAUAAGCCAUUAAAUAAACCAUAUUCUGAAGAUUUGUGGAGAAACCAAACAAAAGAAUGGAAAAUGAAAGAGUGGAAUAAUUUUAUGGAACAUGCUGAAGAAGAACUCAAACACUUUGAUGAUAUAAUAAAUAAAGAGAUAGAAGGAUGGGUUAAGGAUCAUGAUAUUAGCGUUAAAGAAUGGUUAGAAGAAAAAGAAAAGAAAUGGAUGAAUUUUAAUGCACAGAUGGAUAGUGAAUAUAAAUCUGACCUUAAGAAUAAAUCUUCAUCAUGGAAUGAAAAACAGUGGAAGGACUGGUUAAAUGGAAAUGGUAAAAAACUCCUAGAAAAGGAUUGGCAAGAAUAUAUUAAUAAUUUGGAUUCCCAUAUAGCUAAUAUAUUAAAUGCAAAUUGGAAUAAAUUUAAAGUUAACAUAAUUAUGGAAUGGAAUUCAUUAGGAUGGAAAGUGCAAGAAGAUAAACGUUGGCUUAAAUAUGCCAUUAUGGGACCUCCAGAUCCUAAAACUCCAGAAGAGAAAGUUGACGCAGCUAAUUACAAUGAAUGGAGAGAAAGAAACGAAUCACAAAGAAAACAAUGGUUCCAGUGGAUAACUGAAAAAGAAAGAGCGCGUACGAAAAAUGGUAGCCCAACUUUUUCAAAAUGGAAAAAUAAUAAACAGUCUGUUUUUAAUAAAUGGGUCGCUGCCUUUAUUAAUAAAUUAUCACAAGAAAAACAAUGGAAUUCAUGGUUUAGGUAA